GCUGGCUCCAGAUGUGGCGCCCAUUGCGAGGGCGGGGGUGUUCAGCUGGGAUUGUAUCGCAAGCCUUCUUUUCAGCCAUCGGACCUGGUGAUGCAUGGACGAUGAUCUGUGGACGGCGCAUGCGUUCAUUGUUUAUUCCUGCAGUGGACUACCACCGUGUGGCACUGCCCAAUUACGAGCGAAUGACGACAUAGACAUUGCUAAGUGUCACCAAUUGUCGAUUUCAGAAAACCCCAGGAAGACUGGGGGAACCUAUCCUGAAGGCAUCAAGAGCCACACACACUACAAAAUGACGUCUUCAAACGCAAACAUCGAUGCCACAUGGUCUUUGACUGAGCACCUGCUCGAGUCGAACCAGGCCUCGUACCAAGCAGCCACACAGUCACCGUUCCUGCUCGCCGCCGCCCAAGGCCGUCUCUCCAAGGAACUGCUGGGGCGCUGGCUCGCCAACGACAGGCUCUACAUCCACAGCUACAUCAAGGCCGCCGGGCGCGUGCUCGACGCUGUGGACCUGGACCAGACUUCCCCGGCUGCCGAGUCGAGCCCCGAGGCGGAGCUGGUCGGGUGGGUCGUCGAGGCGCUCGUCGGCCUCCGCCGCGAGGAGGUCAUGUUCGCCGACGUCGCCCGGCGCUACGGCCUGGACCUCGCCCUGGACGCCAGCCCCGACGACCCGCGCCGGGUGCUGCAGUCGGCCAAGCUGCCGGGCCUGGUCCAGUUCGAGGCCCUGUUCGCGUCCGUGCUCCCCCGCGACGCCGCCGCCGCCGCCGCGCCGACCCCCGCGUGGCUCGAGGCCGCUGUGCUCCUCUGGGGCACCGAGCGCAUCUACCUCGACGCCUGGAGCUGGGCGCGCGCCCAGCGGCCGGGCAAGGGGGAGGAUGCGGACGGCGGCGCGGUGAGGAGGGAGUUCAUGCCCAACUGGACCAACCCCGAGUUCGCCGCCUUUGUUAGCCGUCUGGGGAGGACGCUGGACAGGGCUGUGGGCCAGGCCCUGGCUGCCGUGGACCCGCCCCAACGACAGGCGGUCCAGGCAGGGAUUGUGGAGCGGACGGCGGGCACGUGGAACGCCCUGCUAGCCGCUGAGGCGGCUUUCUGGCCCGGGGUGGACGGGUAGCGGCGCUUUUCUGGCGGCUGCGAGUUAUUUUUACGUGGAGCGCAGUUUACCUGCUCACCGUGUCGGUGUAGGCUUCUUGGUUUGGUGACGCAAGAAAAAGUUGGGAGAAGGUGUUGUCGUCGAUUGUCGCCUCGAGCCCGAGCCCGUGCCCUUAAUUAAUCUCAUGUUUCCUUUCAUGUCAAUGGCACCCCUGAGCGGAGGGUUUUCGUCUCAUGUUUAAGCACAAAAAACCCUCACAACCCAACCAGAUGGGACAAUCACUUUAGCCCAACGUGUAGGGUUUCAAACAGGCAGCCCCUGAGCUGGCAUCGUCAAAGAAGCAAUCCGAUUACUCGCGUGACGCAGAGACGCC